UUCCAUGCAGCCGAAAGGAACCUCACGGCAGGAGACAACAACUCAACCCCCGCCUUCUGGCUCUUCCACAACGAAACCGGAGGUGAGCUCUGCCCGAGGCACCACCAUUUCUACGCCAACUUUUUCCCCUUCCACUGACCACUCUUCCAUUGCCCUUACCGAGGAAACCACCGUCUCCUUACGGUCUGCCACUCCUCCAGCCAGGGUCGAAUCAACAGCAGCUGAGGGGACCAGCCCUUCCCUCUCUUCGGCAACAUCUCCUACGGCUGCUCAGCUGAGAACCUCGACUAUUAAGGUGACCGGAUCCACCCCGAUGAGGCCGCAUUCCACUGUGGAGACUGGCUUCACGUCUCUUGAAAAUCAAACAGCGCCAACCUUCAGCAAGGUUUCUCCCACGAAGGCUGAGCUGACCUCAGCAGAAAUGACCAAAACAGCUUCACCAGCAUCCGAGUCUCCCCUGGCCACGUCUCUUUCCAUGCAGACUGUAUCCUCUCCAGCUCGGACCUCGCCGCCAUCGUCUCCCUCGGAGACCAGCAUUGCAUCCCACGGCACGAGUUCUAUUCAUGCAGAGUCCACCCCAACUGAAGGAAGAACCACCUCUUCGCUCCAUUCGGCACACUCAAGCACUGCAGUCCCAGAAACCAUGUCCUCCGCAAAGUCGGUAGCCUCUAUUGUUACCACGACCGCUGCUGUUGGCAUGACUGAGCUAACCUCCGCCCAGGAACAAACCAGUCCCUCCAUCGCCCCCUCUUCUUCCAUGCAGCCGAAAGGAACCUCACGGCAGGAGACAACAACUCAACCCCCGCCUUCUGGCUCUUCCACAACGAAACCGGAGGUGAGCUCUGCCCGAGGCACCACCGUUUCUACGCCAACUUUUUCCCCUUCUACUGACCACUCUUCCAUUGCCCUUACCGAGGAAACCACCGUCUCCUUACGGUCUGCCAGUCCUCCAGCCAGGGUCGAAUCAACAGCUGCUGAGGGGACCAGCCCUUCCCUCUCUUCGGCAACAUCUCCUACGGCUGCUCAGCUGAGAACCUCGACUAUUGAGGUGACCGGAUCCACCCCGAUGAGGCCGCAUUCCACUGUGGAGACUGGCUUCACGUCUCUUGAAAAUCAAACCACGCCAACCUUCAGCAAGGUUUCUCCCACGAAGGCUGAGCUGACC